AUGAUGAACGUAACUUUGCCAUCUUUCUCUCUGCCUGGUCCAUGGAUGCUUGCCGUGGCUUUGCUGCCAACCAUAACGUUGUCAGGAGGUACUCAAUUUGCUUUUGUUUCCUCUGCAGUGGCUAUUUUUACUUGGAUUUGGAUUCACUACAAGCCCAACGAAUCUGACAUACUGGCCUCUGUCGAUGACGACGUCGCUCCCACUGAAAGUGCAAAGUCCAAUGCUUUGACGGUGCGCUCCCCACCAUCUCCUUUCAAGAACUUGUUUGAUCAAAUUGUUCAAACCAAGCCAUCCGCCAACCAAAACGCCCCAGGCUUUAUUGAAUAUCCGAUCACUGUGCAUGCGAGUUUCCUCCUCGGCAAUGGAGUUGUUCUCUCCAUCGCUUCCGGCGACAUUACUGGAUUCCAGCACGACCAUGGGUGCUUGGUUUCAGCUGUCAUCAACAGGACCGAGGCCGGAUCAGGCGAUGAAGCGCCGACGACGAAGCUGUCGCUUACCCUCAACAAGAAAAAAGAAGACAAGCCCAUCCCUGUUGGCAAGGCCAGGAUGAUUGGUCCCGGGCCCAACAAUCCCUAUAGGCAUUACAAGAACCUAAAGGUCCCCUACGUUAUUCAUGCUUGUGGUCCUGACUUUGGUGACUGUGACAGUGCCGAGACGGUUGCCAAAGCCAAAAAGCAUUUGCGCAAUGCUUACAGGAAUGCUUUGCAUCUCACCAUCAACAAGCCCAUUUCUGACAUCAUCUUCCCUUUGAUUUCUUCUGGAGUCUUUCGUGGCCCCUUGUUUUUGUCUGAAAUUGCUGGAAUUGCUGUUCGGGCCAUCCAUGAUUGGGCUGCUGAGAGCAAGGUUGCUCCCAUUUAUGCCAACAACGUUGUGCUGUGUGCCUUCACCUAUCAAGAGCUCAGCACCAUCAUGGAAGAGUGCGACGAUCUGUUGGCUGGAAGGAUCAAGAUUUCCAAGGCGUGA